ACAGGGCCAAAAUAGAGGUGCCAUCGAAUACAAUAACAACACAAUUUGUUGGACAGAUGAGUGCGUGAUGGCGUGCUAGAAUUUAGUAUCAUCCACUAAGUUAAGUUGUAAAAAUUCUACACAAUGAAAGGAAAUUGGCAUCGUGAAGCACUGUACGAUAUGGCUACAGCAAAAAAUCAAGAAGUAGGCAUCAUCGCCUAAGUGAGAAGAAUUGACCACCAUCUUCAAAGCAUCGUGUUCGAUUGACCACCAUUGAGAUAUUAAACGACGGUCAAAUAAAAAACCGAACGCGUACAACAAGCCACUAGCAAUUACGCCAUGGUACCCAGCCGCACUGCCCUAAAUAAGGCGGCAAGCGUGGUCUCAAAGGCUGUGAGAGAGGAUCAUGCCAAAAAUUACGCCGAAGCUUUCCGCUUGUAUACGCAGAGCUUGGAAUAUUUCAUGCACGCGCUUCGAUACGAACCAUCAAACGAGAAUGAGAGAAAAAUUCUUCGUGUUAAAAUCACGGAGUAUCUUGGUCGAGCAGAGCAGCUAAAGAAGCACCUUCGAGGUACACGGGGUAGUAGAAUGCCUGAAAGAAUGAACGGUGAAGGCGAUAGUAGGGUCGUGAAGAGCAACAAUCCGGAGAUAAACAAACUAAUGGCCCAGCUUGAAGGAGCUAUAGUCACUGAAAGGCUAAAUGUGAAGUGGAGUGAUGUAGCUGGCCUAGAAGCAGCCAAAGAAGCGCUCAAAGAAGCUGUGAUUAUGCCGAAGCUUUUCCCUGAACUAUUCACAGGUAGUGUCAAGCCCUGGAAGGGAAUCUUGUUGUUUGGUCCACCCGGUACGGGCAAAUCUUAUUUGGCGAAAGCUGUAGCCACCGAGGCACGCGAAUCAAUCAUGAUAUCAGUCUCUGGCUCUGACCUUGUAAGUAAAUGGCUAGGAGAAUCCGAGAAACUUGUACGAAGUCUCUUUGAGCUAGCGCGCAAACUGAAGCCAGCUAUUAUUUUCAUCGACGAAAUAGACUCAUUGGCCUCAUCACGUUCAGAGAACGAGGCGGAACCGACAAAACGCAUCAAAACGGAGUUGCUAAUUCAAAUGCAGGGUGUUAACAGUAACAACGAUGACGUCCUUGUUCUGGCCGCCACCAACAUACCCUGGGCUCUCGACCCAGCCAUUCGCAGACGCUUCCAGAAGCGAAUAUACAUACCUCUGCCCGAUGCGGCUGCACGAACAGCUCUGUUUGAGAUUCACGUCGGCACUGUCAAGCAUACGCUCACUAAAGAUGACUUUAAGGCACUUGGAAGGAUGUCUAAAGACUACUCAGGUGACGACAUAUCGGUAGUAGUGGCAGACGCCUUAUUACAGCCCAUUAAGAAAGUGCAAGCGGCAACACAUUUUAAAAAGGUUAGCGGACCAUCUCGAAUGGAAUGCACCGUGAUCGCAAACGACCUGUUCACCCCAUGCAGCUCCUGCAGCAGGGGAGCUAUAAAAAUGACCUUUAUGGAUGUACCGAAGAAUAAGUUGCUGCCUCCAGUACUCACAAUGGCAGACAUGCAGUUAUGUUUCAAUAAAUCCAAGCCAUCGGUGGAUGCAUCAGAUAUUAAGAAGUAUAGACAAUUCAUGGAUAAGUUUGGUCAGGCGGGUUAGCACGCGCCUGUGACAAAUGGAGUGUACUGGAAUCCAUGUUCAUAUCGUUGGUAAAAUGAAUAAAUAAUUAUAAUAUUAUUAUGCUCA